CUGAAAAGGAAAUGUUUAGUAGUUUCUCGAUUGCGGUGCUACGAAGAUUACAAUAUGGCGGUACGUCUGCAGGAAGAGGAGUACAAUCGGCAUUAUGAAUCGAAUCGUGGUCAGCGGCGGCAGGUGCGCAACGAUGGUCAACAUUCCCGAAGCGAGCAACAAAUUGAGGACCAGCUAGCUGCCCAACUCAGAAUGCAGCUCAACACUCAGCUGACGGAAAAUGAUGAGGCAAUAGCACGUCGGUUACAAGAUGAAUUUGAACGGGAGGAUGAACUGCGAAAAGAAUUCCAGGCUCGUCAGGAUGAAGAACUGGCACGACGGCUGCAGCUGGAGCACGAUGCUGCUGAGCAGCAGAAUCAGACAGUACAAGCUACUGAGAGCGAUGAACAGCUAGCACGUCGUUUACAGAUGAUUGAAAACCGCAGACCUCAUCGUACAGUUGUAUUUGCUGAUGAAAUUGCUGCAGCUCAAGUAAUUUUUUCACCCCAUUAA